GGAUACGCUUAGCUAGAAUUUUUUUCGCCAAUUUAAGCAAUCUCACAUCGAAUCGCAUUGAGUUGCGUCAUUCGCCCUCCCAAGCGCCAUUUUCGAUUGUUCUCGAGAGCGAGGCAAGCGACGUGACCGUAGCCGGUAGUGGUGGGACGUGACUCGAGAACGAGUGUGCACCAAGUGCCCUCGCUCUACCUCCCCCCUUCUGGAUAUCGUUCUAACCACGCGACAAUCCGUCAAGAGUGUGUAUCGUUUACGGAUUGUACGGGCGAAUCGUGUGUACACAUAAAUGGCGGCUGACGAAAGAUGGUAUUUCUCGAGGGAACAGCUUGCAAACACGCCGAGCAGAAGAUGCGGCAUCGACGCGGACAAGGAGCUGAGCUAUCGGCAGCAAGCGGCGAACUUUAUCCAGGACAUGGGACAACGGCUUGUUGUGUCCCAAUUAUGCAUCAAUACAGCUAUAGUCUACAUGCACCGAUUUUAUGUGUUCCAUUCGUUGACGCACUUCCACAGAAAUGCUAUUGCAGUAGCAGCAAUCUUUUUAGCAGCAAAAGUAGAGGAACAACCAAGGAAAUUAGAACAUGUCAUCAAAAUGGCACAUAUGUGUUUGCACAGAGAUCAACCUCCACCUGACAUUAGGUCUGAGCAAUUUCUCGAACAAGCGCAAGACCUGGUAUUCAACGAAAAUGUUCUCUUACAAACAUUAGGAUUCGACGUUGCCAUUGAUCAUCCACACACUCAUGUUGUCAGAUGCUGUCAACUUGUGAAAGCGAGUAAGGACUUAGCUCAGACUUCGUACUUUAUGGCAUCUAACAGCCUACAUUUAACUACAAUGUGUCUACAAUAUAAGCCGACAGUUGUCGCUUGUUUUUGCAUACACCUCGCGUGUAAAUGGUCCAAUUGGGAGAUACCGCAAAGUACUGAAGGAAGACAAUGGUUCUGGUAUGUAGAUAGGACUGUAACAUCAGAAUUACUUCAAGAACUCACAGACGAAUUUCUUCACAUAUUUGAUAAGUGUCCAUCGAGAUUGAAAAGAAAAAUUAUGAGCAUUUCCGCGAAUCAAAGUCCAAGUAUUCAUCAUCCGAGUCUGCCAAAUUCGCCAUUUGAUGCCGAGCCGCGUAGAAUACAAUCUCCAGCAACAUUGGAUGGUGCCGCUGCUGCUGUUAUGGCUCAUUUCAAUCGUUCUCAUCAUGCGGCGGAAGGUACCGCAGGUGCUCCCCCCGCUGCCACCGCUGCUCAUUCGAGCCGCUCACAUCAUGCUGCAGAUGGUACCGCUUCUACUUCUACGACUGGUGCUACUGCUCAUUCGAGUCGUUCUCAUCAUACGAUGGACGGUGCCGUUGCUCAUUCAAGUCGUUCUCAUCAUGCGACAGACGCAACUACCUCUGCUGCCUCUGUCACUGCUGCCCAUUCGAGUCGCUCUCAUCAUACCAUGGAUAACACCGCCGCCACUGCUACUGUUGCUCAUUCGAGUCGUUCUCAUCAUGCGCAACAAGAGAAGCAAGAUGAGAAGAAAACUGGAACUAUUGCAGGACCAUCGAGAACAACAACCGCAAUAGAUUAUAGAGAAUAUCGAGAGAAGAAGGAACGAGAGCGUCUAGAGAGAGAGAAAGCAGCUGCCGCUAUUGGGUGCCAUAUCACCGAUCCUAACAAGCCCUACCAUUCGCAUCAUCAUAAACCAGUAUCGAAUACAAGUAUACCGAACAAGCAUCAAAUGCCAUCUGUGCAAAAGAGUACUGGCCUUCAUCAUAAUCAUCAUCAUCGGCCGGAUAUGAAAGUCGGUCAACCAGUGCAGAGACACUCGACUAGUAAUCAACCUAAUCGCGAUCCCAGUAGGCAACGAUUGCCAAGAGAACACAAUACUGGUGUGGCCAGCACAAGCGCCGGUAUAACACACUCUUCGCAUUCUCACGCCAAUUUAGAUAGUUCCUCGUCCGAAUCCGUACCUCAUAGAUCGGACAGUGGUGCCGUGCAGGAUUCCGCAUCCUCGCAUAGUAGUUUGCAGGAAAAGAUGAGUAAUAAUCACAGUGGACAUAGACUGAAUGCGCUCGAUAGCAAGCAUCAGGCGCAUGAUAAGAGAUUGUACCGAGGGGAGGAUCCAAGACUUAAAUCCGCCAAAUAUGCAGAUAUGAAUAGAAUGGAGAAUCGACGAAAAGCAGAGACGCUGGAGCAGAGAUGUGAAGAGGUGCGGAAGCUGAUUGAAAAACCAUUGCCGCCGCCAAAGCAGGCGGACAUACCGUAUCUGAUGAACGCGCAGCAGAAACAGCCUCAUCAUGCCAAGUACAAUCAGCAACAACAGGACAAAGGCAGCUCAUUCACGGGUGAAAUGAAACAUGCGACAACUACUAGCCAGAAUGCUCUGCCGCAGGGUACAUCGCCAAGCACUUCAUCAUCGCAGAAACCCGCACCCAUUAAAACACAAAUGUACAGUCAGCACAGUGCGCAGGGUGUGUCCCAGAUUCUGAAAGAUACUAUUAAAAAUGGUAAUUCCCAGUCUUGCCUAAGCACAUUGAACAAUGUGGAUGAUACAAAGUCGGAAAAGCGAUCGCGAUCAAAUGUCCACGAAGAAUUCGUUGAGAGAAAUUCCAUCGAUGUUCAACAGAGCAGUUUGCAUACACCACCUGGCAAGCAUAGAUCACUAUUCAGUCCAGAGACUCCGAUUGUGAUCAGAGAACCGCACGCGCAAAGCGCAAGGCCUAAAUCGAAACAGAAGACACCACCCUCUGCAGCUACAAAGAUGAAGGAACGCGUGUCACCGUUCGCGAGUUCUCCGACUCUGCAAGACUCAUUAACGGUAAAACGACCAUCUUCCAACGAUGGCACGGUAUCUACGCAUAAGAGGACCCGUGCAUCGAGUAUCAGUGAGAACGAGAAGGUGAUAAUAAAAACAGAAAUCAAGACUGAGGAUACAACCAGUUUGGAGGCAAUGAAGAUGCUUGGUCGCGUACCUGAUCUGAUCCAACCGAUACGUGACAAUCCAUCGUCAAACGGAAGGAACAGUAGCGCAUCAUCAGUCAUUAACGAUAUGAAACCACCGGAACUUAUCAAACCGUUCGAGUCGGAUCAGCUGCGAUUCAAUACGAUGUCGCAGCAAAAAGUUUCGUUAAUAAACGUCAACACUUUGACUAAUGGUCUGGACCUCAACAUAGUAAAACAAGAGCACUCGGAGCAUCGCGUGAAAAGGGAAUUUGUAGAGCAUUAUAUAAAGAAUGAACCAUCGGAACAUAGGGCUCCAGAAUCAACGCAUUCCCACUCGCAGACGAAACUUGAAUACACGUCGCCGAUUAAAUCUGCGCAGAGUAUAAGCGCAUUACUCCAAGAGACACUGGCGCCGAUGCCUUCACUGUUGCAGGGACUACAACAACCUAGCCAAUUACCCACUCAAAAGGUGCAUCAAGAACAACUGCAGCAUCAGCAACAGCAGCAUCGGCUACAGUCUGUUCAACAUUCAUUAAUAGAUCAAUUAGCAGUGACGACUCAGUGUUUGUCGGUAGCGACCGAUAAUUUCACGCCGAUAGCUUCAACCGUAGAUAUCAGUGUUCUCUCCGAUAAUGUGUCGAUGACGCUACCAAGCAACAGUAAUGUGGUGGAGUUGGCAGUGCCAGCAGCUUCCACGGUAAUGAUUGUGCCUCCGAUCGAAGAGAAACGAUCGGAGCAUCAUAAGAGUGAAAAGAAGAAAAAAAAAGAAAAACACAAGCACAAGGAGAAGAGUAAAGACAGUAAGCAUAAUAAGCAUAAACACAAGGGAAAGGUUAAAGAGAAACAUCGUGAGAAAAAAGACAAGGAAAAAAGCGAGGAGACGCCAGCGGCAGCGCCCAUUAAAAUUACGAUUCCUAAGGACAAACUGAAUCUGGGCAUGGAAGCAUCGCCGACCGUGGUCAGCGGAGGUCCCGGCUCAUCGGACAAAAAUAUAUCGCCACAGAGCACGGUUCUGAAAAUCAAGAUUCCCAAGGAACGACUCAAGGGCACCGAUAAUGUACCCAGUUCAUCUCCUGCGCAGCCACCGAUGAUGCAAGGUCCGCUAAAGAUCAAGAUACGUACUGAUGGCAUCUCGAGGAGUUCCGCGCAGCCACCGCCGUCGACGUCAUCAUCGUCGUCGUCGUCGAACGGCGCGAGCGGAUCCUCAUAUCUGCAGCUCUCUGAAUCAUCCGCGAACGAAACGACAAGUCGAAAGCGUGAGCGAGUCGAGAUGAUUGGCGACAGCUCGAGCAGCAGUGGCCUUCCGCCCACAAAGAAGCAAGCGGUGAUGAUACCUACGACGGGUUAUGGCCAGGGCCACCGACCUGGAGAACGGCAGAACGGCAGGCAUUAUAACUCCGGCAACAAUAAUAAGGUACGUGGAAGAGGCGUCCGUCAGCAUCACGGCGGUCGCGGACCACCACUACAUCAUGCAGUUGCGGGUCAACGCGGUAACGCUAGUGGUCACUACCAGCGGGAGAUUUACGGUAAUGGCCGCGGUAGCCAUGGUAGUCGCGGUCAUCAACAUCAUCAAGCCCCUUAUAAUUCCCAUCAUCCCCCGGCUAUUCGCGGCGACGUCGGCGGAUACCCGAGAGGGACUGGUCAAACUGACCAAGGCAUAGAUUCUUAUUUUUAUACUAAUUAUCAUACACCAAUGUUUAAUACAUCCACCGGGUACGUGUACGAUCCCGCCUAUCAGCAGUACUAUCAACAAUUUCACCAACAAUCCCAAUACUCGAUGUAUCCGACAGGAAGUAAUUUAAUAGUGACGCCGGACGGUACCAUCAACACGUCGGUGCCACCGCCGUCGUUGCUCCCAAAUCACCUUUAUCAGAAUCAAAAUAUCGUACAAUCGGCUGCGUCCACCCGGCAGGAAGAUACACAAUUGUUGCCUCCACCGCCUCUUCAACCGCCACCGUCGCCUCCUCCCCUGCCGAGUGGACCGCCACCUCCGCCGCCUCCACCACCUCCUCCGUCAAUGUCGGAAUGA